CUCUGAGGAACCCGAACUGUAAAAUACAGAAACUGGGGCUGGACGAUGUUGGUCUCACAGAUACUGGAGCCAAGCAUUUCGCCUCCGCUCUCAGUCCAAACUGCUCACUGACAGACCUGGAGCUGAGUGGGAAUAACCUCGGAGAUUCCGGAGUGAAACUGAUGUCUGUGGCUUUGUGGAACCCGGACUGUAAACUACAGAGACUGGGGCUGGACAAUGUCGGUCUCACAGAUAUUGGAGCCAAGCAUUUUGCCUCCGCUCUCAGUGCAAACUGCUCACUGACAGACCUGGAUCUGAGUGGGAAUAACCUCAGAGAUUCCGGAGUGAAACUGGUGUCUGUGGCUCUGUGGAACCCGAACUGUAAAAUACAGAGACUGUGGCUGGACAAUGUCGGUCUCACAGAUUCUGCAGCUGAUGAUCUUGCCUCCGCUCUCAGUACAAACUGCUCACUGACGGAGCUGAACAUUGGGGACAACGCGCUGGGAGAUACCGGAGUAAGCCUGGUUUCUGCGGCUCUGAGAAGCUUCAACUGUAAAAUACAGAGACUGGGGCUGAACAAUGUCGGUCUCACAGAUUCUGGAGCCGAGGAUCUCGUCUCCGCUCUCAGUGCAAAUCCCUCACUGACGGAGCUGCAACUGGGGAAUAACUCCCUCACAGACCGAUGUGUCCCCGCUCUCUGCCGCCUCAUACAGACCCUCCCGAGACUGGAGCGGAUCUUGCUGGUGGGGAAUCAGUUCGGUCCGACCGGGGAGAAGGAACUGGGGUCGCUGCAGGAACCCAGACCCGGACUGAGUGUGACCGUGUGAACAUCUCUGGGUGUGAACGUCACCACCCUGGUGACUGGAAUAUUGUUGGCCGUUUCUCUGCCCACCCCUUUAAACGGCUGCCCUCCCCUUUAAACGGCUGCCCUCCCCUUUAAACGGCCGCCCUCCCCUUUCAGCGGCCGCCCUCCCCUUUAUGCGGCUGCCCUCCCCUUUACGCGGCCGCCCUCCCCUUUAAACGGCCACGCUCUGGGAUUAAACUCCAAUGGUUCUCGGGUCGGGCGGGCGGUGACGUCAGAGGCGGCCCUGCCUGCUGUCACGUGACCCAGAUACGCGGCGCUGCUGCUGGCACCGGAUAUCCGGUGCUGCCCCCAGUGGGGGGGACAGUGGAAUUGCAGCUGGACCUGCAGGAUCCCGGAUGUGACGUCAUCAUCAGCGGCUGCUGCGAAUUGAUGGUGACAACAGCAGCUUUGUUCAAACUUCAAUCACACAGCAAUGUCUGUUACUGCUUUAUCAUCUGUAAAUCACAUGUAAAUAGUUUAUUAC